CUACGAUCAAAGCGUAUUCUAAUUUCUAAACCAGUUUUCAGAGACAGACGAAUUUGAAUUUGACUUGCUCUAGACGGCAUAAACAAGUCUCAGUAUACAUAUCUAUAUAUAUAGAAAGAGAGAGAGAGAGAGCUGAUUUUGUAGUUAGAAAUAGUAAUACAAAGGAGAAAAAUGUCUCUAACGAGUGUGAAGAUGUCGGAGGAAGUGUGGCUGACGUGUCUGACCCAUGCAUUGUCGACUGAGACCGAGGAAAUCAUGGGCCUUCUUCUUGGUGACAUCCAGAAUUCGGAGAAUGGCAAUGUGACUGCAUCAAUAUGGGGAGCGCUGCCACAGCCACGUGCUGAUAGACGCAAGGACAGAGUCGAGACCAACCCUGAGCAGCUUACUGCUGCUUCAGCUCUUGCCGAGAUAUCCUUUCUACAAUUUACUUCGAAUGUGCAAACUCAAGCAAUGUAUCAGCUGUUGGAUCCUGGGUUCAUCGGGUUGAUAUUUUCUUGUUUUAGUGAAGAUGCCCAAAAGGUGGGAAGGAUUCAAAUCACAGCCUUUCAGUCCCUGGAUAGAAACCAGGCUCAGAUUUCGAAGCCCGUUUCUCUUUUUCCCGUACAACAAAAAGGAUCUGUUAUUGAUUUAGAAUCAUCUCUUAGUUCUUCAGAUAAUACCCUUCUCGUUUUUAGAGGAGAAAGAUUUGAACAAGACACUGCUGAUUCGAGAGCCAUCGUUAUAACUUCAAAGAAUGGAAAAAAAUCUCGCCGCUUGGGGGGUUUCUUUUCAAAUUCUGAUGCGAGAAAGGAAAGUAAUCACCAUGCAAACAGUUUGAAUUAUUCUGUUCGUAAUUUGGAUGCCAUGGACGUUUCAGAAGGUAUGGAAGAAGCAAUCCACCUGUCAAGUAUGGAGAUGAGUCAGGCUGAGUUUGUGAGGAAGGAAAUAUCACUUCAUGUUUUCCCUUUCUCGACUCUUACCAGUCUCGAUUCUCCUUUGUCUUCAUUUGCUUUUCUCCAACACGUAAUGUAUGAAGAGGAAAAGACUGCAUAUAACCAAGCCAUUACACAGAAUACAAGCUUAAGUCCUGCCAUCACAGCUCUUCAAGAUCGUUUGAGAGAAAACGAAAUUCAGUUAAAAGCGCUUUCUGAAGAAGCUCAAGUUCUGGAAUCCGAGCUCUCAAGAGGAAGCCUAUCAGUUUCAUCUCCGCCUGAAAGGGCUUCAAAGAAAAAGUUCGUUUUGCCUGAAAUGAUGUAAUUAAGCCAAUCUGCAAAAUGACAAUUCUACUCGAACCAGAAGAUUAUCCUAACACUAAUCCAUGUAUAUAUAACUCUGUGUGUGUUAUGUUCUGAUAUGCUGCUAGAGACCUCGCACCCUCAAGUGAUUUUUGUAAUGCAAAAAUCAUGCAAAAAUACAGUAUUUUGUCUGAUUAUGGAAACUUAUUUUUGAUUAAACUAGUUAUAUAUAACUAGUAGGUAGCCUUAUAUAUAACUAGUAGGUAGCCCGUGCGAUGCAAUUAAAGCAAU